AGGUCAUUUACAGAAAGUAAAAUAAUGUUAAUAAUUUAUCAUUGAUUUACUACAAUAUCCUGCAACUCUUUCAAAAUCAACAUACAACUAGUUUUCUAGAGUGCUAGCGAAAAAUAUGCAUAUCUCCCUUCGCCAUACUCUGGCUUCGCUUUUUGCAGUAGCCUUCACUUCUUCGCUUGUGGAUGCUUUUCCCAUAAAGAUUCAACGAGAUGACAACUUACUAGUCAAGAGGGUAACAGAUUCAACCAUGACACGCAUUGACUACCAAAAUUAUGCCGCAUCCUCCAUCAACGCACUACAAAAGACCUACUGGAACAGUACAGCAGGACUCUGGGGUCAAAAAGACAGCACUGGAAAAUUUGCCGGAGACUGGUGGCCUAGUGCUAACGUCCUUACAAUGAUGGCCUACUACUACAAGGUAUUUCCGAGCACAGCACCAUGGAUGCCCGAUCUCUUUGCGACAGUCUUAACUCGCGCUCCCGAAACCGCUUAUCAUAAUUUUCUGAACGGGUUUUAUGAUGAUGAGCUUUGGUGGGUUUUGGCUUGGAUUCAAGUCUAUGAUGCUACGAAAAAUGUUACGUAUCUCAAUACCGCUGCUGCUAUCUAUGAGGAUGCGAAGUCAGUCUAUGGUAAUACUCCCUGUGGAGGUUUAUGGUAUGUCACUUCUUUUCUAUUCACUCGUUCAAAUAAUAUUAAAUUUCCCAUUUUAAAAAUGAUACCAUAAUCUCUUGGCAAACCAUCAUUUGACCCCAAAUAAUCAUACUAACACCAAACCAGGUGGGACAAAGCACACAGCGGCGUAAACAGCGUAGAGAACGAACUCUACCUAACCGCCAGCGCCAAACUCGCCAACCGGAUUCCCUCCAAGAAAACCUCAUCAGGCCAAGGUUACUAUCUCGAACAAGCACUUGCGGCCUACGCCUUCCUAAUAACCAACCCAACCACGACCAUGAAUCCCACCACCCACCUCUUCAACGACGGAAUCUCGCUAAGCACCUGCAAAAAUAACGGCAACAAAAUCUUCACCUAUAACCAAGGCAUCAUCCUCUCCGGCCUCACAGAACUCACCUGGUCAACCAAUAACCACGCCUACACUACUCUCGCCGUGCAAAUAGCCAACUCAGUCAUAGCAAACAUGACCACUUCAGAUGGUAUUCUACAGGAAAAAGCCUGUGAGCCUAAUUCCUGCGAUGGAGAUGAACAGGUUUUUAAGGGGGUUUUUACGAGAAAUUUAGCUUUUAUGACGAAUAGAGCCAUGGGACUGGAUACGGAGACGAAAGAGCAUUUUAGAACGUUUUUGGGGAGGAAUGCGGAGAGUAUUACGGAUAGUGCGAGGGGCAAGAAUGAUGUUUUGGGGUUGGUGUGGAGUGGGACGUCGAAACCGACGUUUAGUUUGGAAACGGAUGGGAGUGCGUUGGAUACGGUUGUUGGGGCGGCGGUUACGGCUUUGGGGUAGGGGGUUUGAUGGGGUGGAGGCGUGGGAGGGGUGGUGCCUGCUCGAGGGGAAUCAAGGGAUGAAUCCCUAUUCAUCGCAGGGAAAUCAUGGAGAAAAAGUAAUGUAUAAAUAACCUCUACGUCUUUUCAUUUCACUUUUCGCAUUUCAAAUUUCACUUUUU